AUGUGUUACACGGGUUGGUAUGCAGGUCUUCUAGUCAUGUUAUGAUUAGUUGGUGGCUCCACGUUGCCCUCAGCAAUAGGCAUGCCACAGGUUCAAAAACCCUUAAGAUUGUUCUCACUGCCAGUUGCACUGCAGUUUCCCGCAGACUGCUGUUUGCUCCGAUUCAGCGGUAAAGGAUGGGUUUCUCAGACAAAGCUCUGGGACAAAAGAAAACAACCAGCCUUAUUCAGACAUGGAGUUUAAAGCACAGGACCUGUCCCUUGAAAGCAUAGCAUGAAAGGAAGUCUGGAUGAGCCCAUAGUGCUGCAAGGAUUUUGGGUUUCCUAUAUCUGUCCAUAUUUUUAAGAAGCAGUGAGGAAUGGUGUGCAGAGAUGGUUAACUAGCAGAUACGGGCUGCUCUUGCCCAAUCUGAACACAUUUCGCCUUAGACCACAUACUGUACUUGGUAUAUGUAUAUAUUCUAAGCUGUUUUGUCUGCAUGGUGUGUUAAAAAGUGUCAGGCAGAAAUGCUUACAGGCUCUGCAUUUGUUUUGAUGAGGCGGAGAGCCAGGAAAGUAUGAAGAUAUUCCAGAGAUCCUGAGGGAGAUUUCAACAGCACACGGAGGGCACUGGGCCACAGUCUCACUUUCCUCUUCCCACCAGUGGGAAAGCAAGUGCAUUGGGUUAUGAUGUGCUAAGCGUGCAGACUUGGGAGUGAGAUCAGUGGUAAUCUAUAACAUAUGUGCUUGAGAACGAAGAAAACAGUUCUCAAGAAGGAUAGACUCCCUCCAGAAACAGAGCGCUCUAGUUUCUAAUGUUAAAACGUUAAUCCUCUGAGGUGGGGAAGGGGCAUUGGAAAAGCAGGCCUCACCUGGGCACCCCUGCUUCUGUUUUGUUAUUGAAUUAUGUUAAAAGGUUAAUCUUUUCAGAAGCCUUAUAAUCCCCUGAAAGGGUGAGGCUAAUACAGCAAUAAGCACAGCUUGAGAGAGAGAGUGUGUUGUUUGGAAACCCUCACUCCUGCUUUUAAUUUCCACAAACUAUUCAUGACCUUUUGAAAUCCAUCUUAACAGGAGGUUGUGAAAAGCAAGCAAAAGGUUCUCUAAGCAGUGGUCCGCUCCCCCCUCCCUUUACUCCUUUCCACCUACACACAGAAACAAAGGCCAGAAAACUGUCCAUUCUAAAAAUGGCUUUGAAAUACAAAUUUGACGUGAUCAGGGAACAUCCGCCUCAAUGGGCCUUAGUUUUCAUCUUCCCCCACAGCUCCUCCAGCCUUAUGUGACUCAUGGUGGAUGGUGUGGAUUUUUCAUGGGGUCUUUUGACAGGGAAACUCUCUGCAAAGCAGAUGUGAUUAAAUAUGGUGCUGAUAAACAUAUAGAGUGCCUAGUACAAAACAUCUCCCCCUUUUUCCAGUGUCGGAUUAAGAGUCUCUGUAGAGGCAGUAAACACACCAUGCAUGUUGCAAUUCUUUGUUACUGGGCACCAAUCCUUGGAUGUUUCUUAAUUCUGUAGCUACUAAACUCUCAGUUUAGAUCACCUGCUUAUGGUUAUCCUUAGAUCUAGAUCUAGAUUAUUAUUGCUUUAAAAAAUGUUUACCCCAUCUUUUUGUUAGGCUGCAGUACACAAGGUAGCUUAUCAACAUAUAGGUAUGUUGAUUUACCAUCUCUUCAAGAGGCUGUUCUAAACACUGGGUGCUAGUACUGAAAAGACCUUCUCUCCGGUUCACAUCUACUUUAUUUUAGAUGGCAGAAGGGUACCUAAAAGAGGACCUCAGCUGUUGAUGAAAGGUGCUGGGCAGAUUCAUUGACUAUUCCUCCAGCGUCAGUCCUUAUCUCUGUUACAUAAAGCCAAGAAUAUUGGCUUGGCUUUCAAGGGGCAUUGCAUGAACGUUCUGCUGGACUUCAGCAAAUGUGCUGAUGCUUGGUACUUUAAUGUGUGCCUUGGGACAUACCAAGUAAACAUAGAUGAAGGUAAGGAAGUACAGAUUCUUUUCACCCACUGCUGAGGAACUACAAAGUCUCUGCACACCAGGGAUUAAGUCAGAGAAUGCUGUAACCAGAUCAUCUUGAGCCCUGGUAUCUCCCACUCUUCCCCCAAAAGUUAUUUAAAACUGCAAUUUUCUGGUGAGGGAGCAGGUUGUGUUAGUUCUUUGACAUAAUACCAGUGUGUGGAAGGUCUCAUUUUGGCUCACCCUGGUAUGUUUCUACAUUUGUUUCUACAACGUCUGUGUCUGUUCAAGCUGCCAGGUAAUAGGAAUGAAGUGGCUCUAUCUUUCUCAGUUAAUAAUGAUCUUUACAGUCACUCCUCUCUUGAUAAGAUAUUAUUCCAACUGUUGCACAAUAAACUGAGCAAACAAUCUCCUUGUUAUCUAUUAAAAACUCCCCAAGUAUAUUAUGACUUUCCUGCCUUUGGGUAAGGUCAGAUAGUUUGGCCUUCCAGAGGUUGCUGAACUGCAGCUCCCAUAAUCCCUGCCCAUUGUCCAUGCUUGCUUGGCCUCAUGGGAGUUGUAGUUCAGCAACAUCCAAAGGUCCUCUGGGUUAAGUCCGGUGCAGAUGCAGGUGUCUGUGUGAAUUGGCCACCAGCUUUAAUUAUAUCCAUUUGUUCAGAAUCAGAGCAUCCCAAGCUUUGUUGUCAUAACUUGGCGGACUCCAGAAUUCUGGUUGCUACUGCCAAAAGAAAAAUGUUACUUUCUUUAAAAUUCUGACAGAACACCACUGCAUGAAUUUGUUGUUGUUUUUUUAAAUGAUGUUUAUUGAGAAUUUUAAAGUUACAAAGAAAGAAGAAAGAAAAAACAAGAGAAGGAGAAAAAGAAAGAAAGAAGUAGAUAAACAUAACACUCAAACAAUACAGAUCAAUAAAAACCAAUGUCAAAAAAAUAAUAACGAAACACACAAUACAUCUAAAUCAAAAAACAAAAAUAAACAAACAAUUAAAAAACAAGUCUAAUAUUGCCAAAUCCUUAACUUUCAUUAACUUAUUUCAACGACCUCCUCACACCUCCCUUUUUUGUAUUCUAGUUGUUAAUUAGCCCAGCAAAUCCUUUCCAUCUUUCACAAUAUUCUGUCAUUUAAAUUACCUUAAUCUAUUUUAACCUUAUCUUACCUAAAAACCCUAAAACUUAAAACUUGAAACUUAUAUAUACCAAAUUCUUUUAACCAUAACAUAUUCUUUCUUAAUUCUUUUUGACAUUUCUGCUAAAGCCAAAUAAUUUCAUUCCAACAUUUUUCUAAUACUCAUUAAUUUUACAAUACUUUUCUAAAUAAAUUUUAAAACUUUCUUCCAAUCUUCAUCCAUCGUCUCUUCUUCCUGGUCUCGGGUUUUGUCAGUCCUUUCUCGUCUAUCUAAUCCAUCAACCUGGUGCUCUUAUGUCCGAGGCUCUUAAAUCUUUUCCAUGUCCGUUCUGCAGGUCUUCUUCUUGUUUAUACCUGCCCUUUACUUUAUCUUUUCUUUCCUUUCUCAUUGGGGGGUAGGUCUCAGGAGGACUCCAAUCCAAAAGUAUCUCCAUCUCUCCUCAGCAGAUCAGCCCAUUCCCCACAGUCCCAUUCCCCACAGUCAACACUGUAAUCCAGAAAGUAUUUAAAAGGAUGUUUCAAAGUCUUUCCAAAAUUAAGAGCCCUCACAACUCCAGACCCCCCCUGGUCCACUCCAGAUUCGAACUUCGAGAACAGCGGCUUAUACUCCUGCAAGGCCUCGGGUCUCUCCAUUUGUGUUAUUUGAGGUUCAACAACAACCUCCUCCAUUUUCUUCUGCCCUUGCGCUUGCCCUAUCAAAACAGAUUCCUGGGCUGGUUCCUGAAUGGUUUCUAUAUGGGUAUUCGCCGUUUGUCCAAAGUUUUUAACUGCAACAGUCAUCAAAUCCAUCUUCUCAUGCAUCUGCUCCAGCAAAGCACUUGUCUUGCAAAAAGGAAGCACCAAGACUUCUUGUAAACACAUUUUUUCCCCCCAAGGUUAGAGUCUGGUCUCAUGAUCCUAAUCAUACAGCUGUGAGGUCCCCAAAUCAGCUCCGGCAACAAAUUAACAAGCUCCCUCUAGAGGAGACAAUUUCUAUUUGUAUCCAUCUUUUAAAAGCAGGACCAACAAGGAAAAAUUACUUUCACUUUUCAAAUACUUUGUUUCUUUUGAUUGCAAGAAGCAACAUUGGAAUCAAUAUAUUUCUCUUUUCUUUUUUUUUUAACUAUCUGUCAAAAGACGUUCCGUUCACAGUCGAUGAACUUUCCCCAUAAAUUUCUGUCUCUGACACCCUGUUCCCAGGUUUGAGACGGUGGAAAAUUUAUCUUUCUUUACUCUCUCUCCUGCAGGCUUAAACAGUCAAAAAAUCCCCUCUUUUCUCCUGCUUCCAAGAGGGGUUUUGGUGGUGAUGAAUGAAGGAAAUUUAGAACUUUAUGUACGACUUUCCAGACUUUAGCUUACAAAGUUUUUGCUUCAAUCUAUUUACAAAAAACGGGAGGCGGACUUCCUGUUUAGAACCUUCCCGUUUCGGUGCCAAAUUAAAAUAUUUCUUAAUACUUAAUCCAAUUUUCCGUUCUACUCACGGGUACUUGUUUAGAGUCCAAUUGUCCACAGGAAGAAGUCAGCGCUCUCCGGCAACGGCUGUGCGGCUUCACUCCGUAAAAGUAGCGGUUGAUUCAAAACACCGCGCCACUCACCCCACGUCGCUUCGGACCCCCGAAAAAGGGUUUCCCUGCGAGUAGGGGAGGCGCUCCUGGUGUCAGCCGAAUCCCACGUUCCCAGGCUUCCUCCGCCUGGGAUUUUUAAAGGGUCUCCGCCUUCGCCGCGGCGGCAAGACCCGAUUUUCACGGAGCAGGUUCCUCUCUGUCAGAGGAACUCCGCCAUUGCCGAUGGCGCUGUCCCAGAAGUCCAUGAAUUUGGUCCGGAAGUAUGUCUAUAAAUCUGGCAUUCUUUCUUGCUUUCCCUUAUUCCUCAAACUUCUCCCUGGAACAACUAUGAAGUAAAACUUCUCUUCCCUUGCUCUUUCCCUGCUACUUCAAAGGCCCUUAAAAAGUUCACCAGGUUUGCUGAUGAUUGUACCAAAUGAUUUAGGUUAUUAAAAACAAAAGAGGGGAGCCAAGAGCUCCAAAAGCAGUGGGGUGAUUAUUAUUAUUUUGGUCACAUUGAUAAAUAAGGACUAUUUUAAUUCUGUCUGGACACGGCAGGUUAUAUUUCUGGUUUGUUCCACUGACUGAUCAUCAGUAAACAUUGUUGUGGGUAGUAUGAGCACAGUCUUCUGUAUUAAUCCUCUUCUGCUGAGCAUACACCACUAAAACUUCACACAGAUCUUUCCUGUUUUCUUUAAAAGGGAUGUUAAAAAUAAACUUAAUGGGCUAGAAGCAGAAACAACAGGCUUGAGUAUUACACCUGCCUGUAGCACCUCUGGGCAAUUUUGUAUAGCCUUCGACUUUCCUACCCCCCCUUUUUUUUAAAUAAAAACAUCUUAAUAAAAAUACUGGUGGCGGUUCUACAUAAAGUCUUGGCAAAAACUUCCUUCUAGCUGGCCUCCUUGAACUUUGACUGCAUAUGAUUUAUGAUCUGAUAUUCUAAGCCACAUGGAGAUAAAAAAAUACAUAGAGGCUUUGAUAGUUUUGAGGGUUAUCUUCACACACACUUCAUGCACAGCGGCUCCCAGACUUUGGAACUCCCUCCCUAGAGAAGUCAGACUGACUCCCUUCUUGCUGUCUUUCUGCCAGCAGGUAAAAACUUUCUUGCUCCAACAGGCUAUGGGAAUUGACUGAUUUUAAUGAAAAGGCUGCUGCCAUGCUGUUUUUAUUGCGAUUAUUGCAGUGUUUUAAACAGUUUUUUUAAAAAACAUGCAUAUAGUUUUAAUUCAUUCAAUAUUUACAGUGGUACCUCGGGUUAAGUACUUAAUUUGUUCCGGAGGUCAGUUCUUAACCUGAAACUGCUCUUAACCUGAAGCACCACUUUAGCUAAUGGGGCCUCCUGCUGCCGCCGUGCUGCCGCUGCACAAUUUCUGUUCUCAUCCUGAAGCAAAGUUCUUAACCUGAGGUACUAUUUCUGGGUUAGCGGAGUCUGUAACCUGAAGCGUAUGUAACCUGAAGCAUAUGUAACCUGAAGCAUAUGUAACCCGAGGUACCACUAAUUGUAUUUUAAUGAUGGAUUUAUCUAUGUUUUUAGCAGUUCUUGUUUUUAAUCUGUAAGCCACCUUGAGUCCCAUCUAAGAAAAAAGGCAGGGAAUGAAUGACUGACUGAAUGAAUGAAUGAAUGAAUGAAUGAUGCCCGUAGAAGCCUAAUCAAGAAAAAGCUGCUUUCCUAGAAGAUUACUUAAUUGCUCCCAGUCUUCCCAAUGUAAUUGACAUUCCUGUUCUAAUAGGAAUUACUUUUGGCUAUAUACUUUUGGCUAUAGUUUCCAGACUGCACAAUUAUUUAGGUAACCAAUGAAAGGGGGCUGCCUCUGGGUUUUGUUUGGAAGUUGCAGCUCAUGCAGAAUGCAGCAGGUAGGGUGCUGAGCAGAGUCCCUGGCUGUACACACAUUAUUCCUCCGUUUAAAAAAUUGCAGUGGCUGUUCAUUGGCAACCAAGCCGUGUUCAAGGUUUUUAAUAUUGCCAUUUAAAGCCUUAAACAACUUGGGACCACUAACAGAUCACUUCCCCCAGUUCAGACUCAGUGGACCCUGAGAAUCAUUGUAGGAGGCCUUGCUGACUAUGUUGUGGCCUUCCCUUGUGUCAUUUGGGAGGCAUCAACAAUGGCAUUUUCAGAUGCUUUUAAAAAAUGUAUUUGUUUUCCCUGGUUGCACUGCUUAGCAUUAUGAUUUAGUAUAUAUCACCUAGAUUUUAUUGGUGAUCUGACAAUUAUAUUCUUUCUUGUUAACUGGAGAUUUAGUUUAUUUUUAGGUUAAGCGGUUGUAUAAAUAAAAGUUAGAACUGUUGGCAGCAAUGCUUAACGCCUUACCCUUUUUUGUCUUCGUGCAGAAUUUGUGGACAUGCUGUUAAUCUACAUUUAGGCGGAGGAGCCUGCAAAACAGAUGUGCCACAGAAUGUGUGUGUAAGUAGCUCAUUCCCUAGAGUGAUCAGAAAGCAGUGCGUUCCUACAGUUUGGGAAAAGCAUACAAAAUAUCCUGUGGAGGGGGCAUUAUCUAUAGUGAAUAAACAAUGGGAUAACUAUUCUAUUGAUGUACAGUACAUGCUGGCCACAUGACCCGAAAAGCUGUCUGUGGACAAACGCUGGCUCCUUCGGCCUGAAGUGAGAUGAGCACUGCACCCCAUAGUCGCCUUUGACUGAACUUACCGUCUAGGAGUCCUUUAUCUUUACCUUUAUGUAUAAGGGAUAACUGGGAAAUAAUUUAUUUGCAUCCCUCCCCUAAUUGACAUUCACACAGUGCAAUCCUUUGCACGUCUGCUCAGAAGUACAUUCCAGCUAAAUAUGUGUAUGAUUGUAGCCUUAGAGUGUGUUGCUAUGUUGGGACAUCCUAAGAAGUAGUCCAAAGAGCAUACCUAUCUAUGCAUACAAAAGUGCCACUUAAAUUGUCUUCAUUUCCUUUCAAACAGUUAUAUGGAUUUUAGUUUGGUGAGGGUGCUGAGAAUUUUUUUGAACAUGCUAAACUACCAUUGUAGGAUUACAAUUACCUAGGAAAAGGAAACAGUUGUUAAAAUUGUUUUAAGGAUGUGGCGUUGUUAAGACAUGAAACACUUGCGGCCCAAGUGCUUCAUGGAAAUAAAUAAUAAGCAGCUUUCAACUGGCCAUAUCAGGACCCCAAGGGUUGCAUUCCGCUAAGUUUUACUUAGAGUAGAACCAUUGAAAUUCAUGUACCAAAGUUAGUCUUUGUCAUAAAUUUCAAUGGCUCUGCUCUCAGUAGAAGUUAAUUGAAUGCAACCCUUGGUAGCAACUUCAGGAAUUUCACUUGUGUUUCUCUGAAUCUGAACCAGUGGUGCCUUGAACACUAAUUAUUAUUAUUAUUAUUAUUUAUUGCUUAUACCCCGCCCAUCUGGCUGGGCUCCCCAGCCACUCUGGGCGGCUCCCAACAGAAUAUUAAAAACAUGAUAAAACAUCAAACAUUAACAACUUCCCUAAACAAAAGACUGGCUAAUCUAAAAGUCCAAAAAUGUGUGCUUAUUCCAGGGGCGACUAACCAUUUUUGGCCUGGGAGCUGCAUGACAGCAAUGGGUGCAGCCACCAGCCCAUUAUUGAGCACAUACAGUGGGAGUCAAUCAACCCCUCCUUUCUCACCAGGUGACAAAUCUGAUGACCCAGGACGGGACCAGUCUGCAUCCCUGUCAGGGUUCUGGGCUGGACAGGGAGGAUUCAACCUUUGUGCUCAUCCCAAUAUGGCUGCCUACUUUAUAUUCCUUUGUAUCACUGUUGCCAAUUGGGAGGGUCUUGGCUCUUACUGUCCUAUCUUCUCCUAAUUAGAUUCUGUGGUGAUCUCAUCUUGCUUAAUGCUUUUCUUCUCUUGGCAGCCCACAGCUGCUGACGGAGAGUUUUCAUUUUACAGAAAUAUAAAGCAAGUGUAAAAAGAGGGGAUGUGGGUAGGCCUCUACCCAUAAUGCUCAGGGACACUCAGUCCUGUUCUUUCAAGAAAGCUGUCAGCUGCCCUUUGCUUUGAAAUGCAGGUUUCUGUGAGAAAAUCGCAUGUUAAUCCCAUUGUUACUAGACGUCAAUUUCCCUUCUCUUUAUUGUCUUUCAGUAAUAGGAAUGGGGUAAUGCCAGUCCUUUGUUUCAUAUUCAACAAGGCAUAUUACUUGGGAGCAUGAUGAUAGCCUUUCACUCAAUCAGCUGGUUCCCACUUAAUAAACACAAGUGAGCAAGGUGAGCUGGUGGGUGCAGCUAAUACAGUGCUUAUUUCAUUCCUCCCUUCUCCUCUUGCUGCUACUGCCAUGCUACAGACAGAACAAGCCAGAGUCUAGCUUAUUGUGACCUCUGAACCCAGGCUCAUCACUUGUUUCUCUUGAUAUAAACCAUGAGUGUUACGUCAAGAACAAAUUUUGGCUUCUAUGGAGACAUCACCACAAGCUGGACUCCGGCUUAUUUCUUGUUGGCACGGAAACAGUGGAGGGUUGAAGGAAGCAUUGCAUUGGCUGCACCUACCAGCACACUCCUCAUUUGUGUUAAGCCAUAGUUGAUUUUAAACUAUGGCUUAAUGGUACUUGUGAAUCAGGUCAGUAUUUUGAGGAGUCCAAACAAUUCAAACCAACAUUGCUUUUUGAAGAAGAACACCUUAUAUUUGCAGUUAGAUACACUCCAGUCCAUGCGAAUAAAUGGUCAUUUGAAGCAAUGGAAAGACCAGGGGAAGAACUCUCUGAAAGUUCCCAUGUGGAGGACAAGGAAGAGGAUGGAGCAGCCUCAGGCAUCUCUUCCACUCUCUGCUUGAAUGAUGUGGGAAACAUGCAGGUGGAGAUGCUGGAGAAGGCCAGGGAGCUCUUCAGGCUCUGUGACAAGGAGGAGAAGGGCUUUAUCACCAAGCUGGACAUGCAGGUAAGCAGGAAAACUGACCGUGGCCACCUCCUUUGCAGAGGAAAAGCUCUUGCUUUCGUGAACUGCCACCUAUGAGCGAUGUACUGCCAUGUGUAGAUUUUAUUUGCCUUUGUGCUGGAGAAAGAGUUCAUCAACAUCCCACCGAUAUCAGAAGUCUAUAAUGUGUGUGUGUUAAGGGGUGUGUGUGUAAGACUUGAAAACUCCUGUUGACACAUCAGGGGCUGCUGUUGCUGCUGCUGUGAAAUUUGCUCUGUCUGUACUUCCAUUCCUUCUCUAUCUUAGGGUGAUGAAAUGCCAGGGAGUACAAGGGAUGCUGUAUCUUUCACAGCAGCGUGGAAUUUCUGGCAGGUGCAACCUGUCAUGAAAGCUCCUGGCCAAAAGUUCCUUCUUCCACACAGCUAUUAGAAAUGUAGAGGCCCCUUUGCUCUCAUGCCCCUGACCUACUGUUUCUCCUUCAAAGGCUAUGCUGAAUGACUGUUGCUUGAGCAAAGUGCUAAGCACCUAUCACCCAGACACAAAAUUCCCCACUCUAUGCUCAACAGGGUGAUAGUGACCCAGCCUCAGACCUGCUGCCAUUUCAGUAUGGCUUCAGGCCUGGACAUCAGGGCCGGCACAGCCGUUAGGUGAGGUGAGGCUGCCAGCAGAGAAGCAGCACCGGCAACGAUUUCGGGUAAGAUCGCGCCAAUUUCUGGCAAGAUCUCACCGAAAUCAUGUAAGAUCUUGCAGAGCACAUGAGCUCUUGUGCAAUUUCAGCGAUAUUUCUCUAGAAAUUGACAGAAUCUCACCCGAAAUCUGUGCCAACAGUGAAGGCGGCAGGGCCGUACUUACUGUUUCACCUCAAGUGGCAAGUGUGCUGGACAUGGUACCGAAACUGUGUUGGUCCCCUUGGCUGAUGACUUCUGUUGAAACUGGAUGAGGGAGUUCAACCCUGUCCUUGAAUUAUUGUUUUGGGUGGUUGCUUAUGUUAUGUUUGUUGCUGUUUUGAUUGUAUUGUGAGUGUUUUCUGUUGUUACAUGCUGCAACUCACCCUGCAACCUUCUGAUUGAAAGGCAGGGAAUAUGUAUUAGAAAGAAAUCAUAUCAUUAGGCUGAGUGAGGGAGCUAGUGAGUGCACCAUUUGCCCUCUAUUGGAGGGCAGAGCUUGUCCUGCUCCUCCCAAAUUGGUCUGCUUCCCUCAGGUGACACGGAGGACACUAUCCGCUUGUUGGUGUUGGAGUAACUUUCACCUGUCAGUCCACUUGGCUUCUGGAAUGGGGGUAGCUUGUCCUUGUCUGAGACUGCAAAAUAUAUUGGGCUGGCCCUGGGCCAUUUUAUUGCUUUUGUUAAAAACAAAACAAAACUGUAAAUCACUUGGGCAUCUACCACCAGAUCCAGAUCUCAUUCUGUGCCCAUCUUUGGUUUAGGGUAGCAAGGUGAAAAAGGAGGGCAGGUUUCUUGCACCUUUGCAAGAGUUCUGUAGAAGAAAGAAUGUCUGCAGGUGAAGUUUGACCUGCAAACUUCCACCUGCUGAAUUCCCUUCUUUUGUACAACUGUUAAAGCUCCCAGAGCCCCUGAGGUCACUCGGGGAAUUUAUCCUGUUUCACGCUUAUUAAGCAAGAGCUGGUUUCCCCAGUGAGUUGUGCAAUAAAUUAUGUAAUGCCAGAUUUUGUACACACACCUGUUAACAGAAGCACUUGCAGUAUCUGUCCUGAUGGACAUAGAUAUAUUGUCUUGUACCAAAACAUCGUCUUUGCACCACACCUUUCCUUAUUAUGAGAUUGGACUUCAUAGACUUCUGUUGCCUUCUUUUGGAGAACAGCAUGAGCUCUCAACAAGCUCCACUGCUCAUUGACUUGAGUUUGGCAAGGGUGAAAAAUCAAUGUAGUGAGGGGGGUGUAGCAACCUCUGGCCCAAUCUGUAUGUUCAGUAGAAGCUUUCCCUCCUACCAUGCAUGCAAGCCAUGAGCUAGAAUGUUUUUGUUUGUUUGUGGAGGUGGAGCAGGAGCAGUCAUGCAGCAGGAGGAGAAUGGCAGGGGGAUGCAGGAGGGACAGUCGAGGAAUGGCACUGCUGUCCCCCAGCAUUUGCUCCUUGAGGCAGCUGCCCCAUCCUGCCUAACAGUAGGGCUGCCUCCUUUCCUCAGGUCACCUUUUUCUGGGUUUGGGCUCAGAUUAAGAAUUUGCAACUUGCACACUUUGAAUCUGGGCACUUGUGGCAGUAACAGUGAAGGGAGCUGGGAAAAUAGGACGAAUGGAAGUUUUUUCUUUUGGUUAUAAUGGUCUGCCCUUUCUUUUUCCUCCUCCUUCACAGCGGCUACAAAGUGAACUUCCUCUCACUCCUGAACAACUAGAAUCUGUUUUUGACAGCCUAGAGCAAGACAAUAAUGGGUAUCUCACGCCAGUCGAAUUCAGUAUGGGACUAGGUAAGAGGAACGAGGGAGUGUGAAGCUCAGUGGCUAUAUGGAGAAAAUGACAACUACUGUUGCUUAGCAUGUAUGUGGGCAGUGGACAGAAUGGGAAGAAAUGGCCUUAGCUCAGUGGUAGAGUUUCUGCCUUGCAUGCAGAGGGCCACAAAUUCAACCCCCAGCAUCUCCAGGUAGGACUGGGAGAGGUUUCUUCCUGAAAACCCUGGAGAGCUGCUGCCAGUCAGUGUGGACAGUACUGACCUAGAUGGACCAGUGAGUCUGAUUCAGUAUAAGGCAGCUUCCUGUGUUCUUAACAUAAAUAUUUUCCUUCCUUGGACUACUGGCAGUUUAUAUUAGGCAGCCAAGGUAACUGCAGAGAAUUGAGGAACUGUGGUAUUGAGAUAGGAACCCAGGGACCAGAUUCAAGCCAGUGCAAUACUCCUACACAGCAAAUGUUAUUUUUGCUAGAUAUAAAGCAGGCACUUAAUUAUAUAUAUAUGAGAUGUGCACCUUCUGGGGCUGUCUUUGCCCUACAUGCUUUCAAACUUAUCUCCAAAAGUGCAGUUCUUGGAGAAGCGUAUUCCUGUAUAUCGUACCAGAUUUCAUGCUUGCAGAGCAUGAUUGUGGAAUGUGUACCCAUCCUACUGGUGAGCAGUGCUGAGGUGGGGCUAUAUCGUGCCGUACACUCACUGUCUCUGCUGAGAAGGCUCUUUCCAAUCCUUCCAGUUCAGCGCUCAAGCAGGCAGCUCCUGUGGAGACAUUGUGCAGCAGCCACCGCAGAGAGAUCCACCUGCAGCAAAGUGUAGCCAAAGCUGCUUUGCCAAGUAUGAGCUGCAUGAGGGAGAGCAGAGGUUUUUCUGACUUUCUAUGGCCCUGUGCUGAUUAGAAGAAGCCAAGUUCCUUUUUUCUCCUUAAGAAAACAGCUUUAAGUCAACAGUUCAAGGAAUCUGACGAAGAUUCCAGGAAGAGUGCUGAUCAAAGCUAUCAGGAGUGGGGAGUUAGGCAAGAAGGUAACGGCAGGCUCUUAUUUGAACUAGAACACAGUCAUGUUCGUAGUGUGUUUUGCACAAGCCAUAAAUGUUGUGGUGUCCUAAAGCUCAGUGGGUAACAUCUGGAAUUGGACCGACCUGUAUUGACAUUGUGCAAUUGUGCCAGUUCCCAGUCUCUAAGGCCAGAGUGGUUAACUCUUAAAACAACCAUACUUUAAUGGAUCAAACCAAUGAUGGGUUGGGGAGGGCUGUGUAUCAGGCUGUGUUGCCUUUUUCAUUUAGUAAGUUCUAAAGUGUGACAGAUAUUGUGCUGCUGUGCAUUAAAAGUCUUCAUAUGGGCAAAGCAAGAAACCAUAAGGCAUUUUAAUUUAAAGGUGUUUUCUAUAAAGAGAAGUUUGUUGCAAUAUAUGUUUUAGUCAGAUGGUUAUUUUUUAGUUUUACCCUCCCCUAUGUACCGGUCCGUAUGCAAAUAUAAAACUUUAAUUUUUAUUUCUGUUUUUAUUGUCCUUUCUGUUAGAAGUUACACAUUUUUGGGUGGGGGGGUAACACUAUGGAAGUCUCUCAAACUUGGCAUUGUUUAGAGCCUCAGCAUGUAUUAAUCUGGCCCUGAUCACUUACCUGGAAGUAAGACCCAUUGAAUUCAAGUGGGGCUCAUUUCUGAGUAGACAUGUAUAGAACUCCAUGGUAAAUGCGUUGUUUAAAGUCCAGGACGCAGUCCUUGAACCUGUUUUGAGUGGAACGGCUUACCCUUGGAACAUUUGAAAUAACGAAAGUGACAUGGAGGAAUGCAGAGUGUCUUUGAGCAUGUGAAGAGCUUCCUUCCUUCAUUACAGAAGUGAACCAUGGUUCUGUGUCUGAAGUGGACCAGUUCCAGUUCUUUUAAUUUUUACAGUUGCCCUGAUUUGGCUAAAAGUGGAAGGAGUCUGAUAUGGAGCUUGUGGAUUUCACAAGCUCUCUCCCCUCAUAAUUCAAACACUGAUGCAAGCCAUACCUGGGAUUAGAGAGAUCUUAUAGUCCUUUGUUUUUCUCAUUCCACUGACUAGGCAAGUUCAUAGGGAUUGAGCAGUAUGAGAGCUCUGGAAGCACCAGGCACGAGGAGACUUUUGAGUCAGGCUGGUCAGAUGACUUGGACCAGGAAGAGGAAGAGAAGAGGUUUUGCUCCAUGUUGGAGCAGCUCGAAGCAUCCCAGGUCUUUGAAGAGUAAGUUGGAACUUUCCAACCUGUGCAUGUUUAUUACAGUGGUACUUUGGUUUAAGAACAGCUUAGUUUAUGAACAACUUGGAUUAAGAAUGCUGCAAACCCAGAAGUAGGUGUUUUGGUUUGUGAACUUUGCCUUGGAAGUAGAACAUGUUCCGCUUCCUGUUGAGUGUGUUCCAUUUAUAAAUUGAGUCCCACGCUGCUAUGGGAAAGCACACCUUGGUUUAAGAACGGAUUAAGUUCGUAAACCAAGGUACCACUGUAUUACGAUUGCUGUUGCCAUCUUUAGGAAACUUGCUUCGCAGAAGCAUUGCUUUGACCUUUUCUAUCUAUCAUGUCCUCUUCAUUAAAAUGCAUGUGCUAUGUUUUCCUGGGUUGCACUGCUACAGCAGGAAUGGGGGAACCUGUGGUCUUCCAGAUGAUGUUGGGACUAGCAUGGGUAGCAGUGGACUAGCAGAAAGGGAUGGGUGGAUUAGGAGCAUAAUAAGGCUUGGGCAAAAUCACAUGGGGGAAGAGAUUCUCCAACAGUUUAUACAUGUUCAGAUGCAUCUUUACUUUUUAAGAUGAGGACUUUUGACCUCUUAUUUCCUGGAUUUUCUCAUCUCAGGGAGGGAUGCCUAGGAGGCUUAACUAUAAAGUACUUUAAAAUAAGUUCUUUAUAGCCUGUUUGGUGCAAGGACUAUGCUUAUCUAUCACUCUCAAGCUGAUAAACUUUACUGUUUGUCUUUGCUCCAGUCAGAACGAGGUUCAGGAGCUCUGGGCUCAACUCCGAAAAGAAAAGCCAGAACUCCUAACCAGUUUUGAAGAAUUUCUCUUCCACAUUUCCUCAUAUGUCAGGGACAUACAUCACGAGAAGGAAUCCAUUGAGCAGGCAUUGAAACGGUAAGCAGUUUCUGGACGGCAUGUGACUACGCCAUAGAAAGUGCAAUGCAGUCUUAGGAUGCUGGAAGUGGGAGGGGAAGUUUCUCUCAGCAUCCACAAGAGGAUUCGUGAAUGCCAAAGAAGGAGGUGGAAGUGUCCAAAUGCCUUCAGCGGGACCUAUUACUCUAUGAAUAUUUUCUUCCUCUAUAAUCCAAUCACAUCUGCCACAAACAGGCUGUGCACACACUAAAAAUUUGUCUGUAUCCAGUGUGCUUCCACCACUAGUUUAGGAAGUGGUGUACACACAGUGUUAGCCACAAUCCACUUCCAUCUAGUACUUAUCCUGUCAUUGCUUUUGAAAUACUGUUUUGAUAUGUUUUCCCACAACGCUCCCCUUCCAAAAAAAUGCAAAAACCUUCCCCAGCUUCAACCCAGAUUGGGAAAAAGAACAGACUAGCUAUUUUUUAAGCUAGUAAUGUGUACACAGCCUUAGUCUAACCUUAAGCAGCAUAAGCAGUCGGGUUGCAAAAGUUUCCGGAGAAAAUGUUCUCAAUGUGUAGCUUUUUAAGCCUUUCUGGCGCCCCCUAGUGCCAGAGGAUUUCCAUAUCAAUACUCAAGUUCCUGAAAAGUGAGACAGCACAUCUUAUGUUAGCUGAGAUGUAUUUAUUUUCUUUCAAAGUGGAGAGGUAAUUCUCUCUCUUCCCCACCCCCAAAUCCCGUCUCCCACUUUGUCUUUAUGCUGUAUCUGUUCCUUGCAUUUCAUCCCUCUUGCUCUGUACUUUUAGGAGGGAGGUAGACCAUGACCGCGAAAUCAGGUGCCUUUAUGAAGAAAUGGAGCAACAAAUCAAAGCAGAAAGGGAACGGCUGCUGAGCCAGGUAAACACCUCAUUCCUUCACUCUCAGGAUGCCUGAGCUGGACACUGAGCUCAGUUGCUAAAUCAAUGAGCCACAUCCUUGCAAAGUGCCUGAGAUUUAUUUUUAUGUUGAACGUUGGAGUGAAGAAAAAAACGAAAAGCACCAAUUUAUCUGCUUUUUGCAGGGAUCAAUGAAGCAUGAGAAGAGCAGCUUGCUUCAGAAAGAGCUGCAGAGCAAAGAACAAGAAUUUGAGAAGAUGUUGUACCACCAGAAAAAGGUGACUUGGAGGGGGUGACCCUUGUUUCUUUUGCUUGGAUUUGGAUUUUACCCUCCGCAUUGUCUACACAGGUCCCGUUGAACUGACUGGCGGUGUCUUUUGACACCAAAGUCAUCGCUUCUUAUACAUGUACAGGGCUAGAGCUGGAUUUGGGCUCUUGUGCCUGAGAUGCCACCUUCGCCCCAGCUCCUGCUGGUUCCUGUUGGUGUUACAAGAAAAACCAGUGCCAAAAGCCUUCAUUGUAGGGAAACAGACAGCAUUGCAUACUCCGCUGUGACCAGCUGUUUCACUUCUGCAAGUCAUGGGAAGCCCUGAAGUGAUGAGUAGACAUAUGUGAGUGCCCCCCAGUAUAUAAGAUACUUUAGGGAAGUGAAAUUCUUCUCACUGUUCUCCUCCCCACCCUCCAUCAGCACCAGACAGACUAGGUGCGCUGAAGGAGGAAAAACUCUCAAAUCCUGUAUGCAUCAGCUGUCGGAGAAUCAGUGCCCUGUAAGGUGGGGAGCAAGUAAUUUUUUGGAGGGGCUCCUUGGCCCAGUGUAGGAGCUGCCUGUGAUUAUUUUAUCUCUCCAGCCUUAUUCUUCAGUGGCUUAAGGGACUUGUAGGAAUACAAUAAGAGCCCCUGCCAGAUCAGGCCAAAGGCCUCUCCAGUCCAGUAUGGGAAGCCCACAAGCAGGAUAGGAGUGUAACACUCUCCUUCGCAUGUAUUCCCCAGCAACCGGUGUACAGAGACACAUACUGCCUCUAAUACAUGCUCUACACUAGUGUUUCCCAAACUUGGGUCUCUGGCUGGUUUUGGACUACAAUUCCCAUCAUCCCUAUCUAGCAGGACCAGUGGUCAGGGUUGAUGGGAAUUGUAGUCCAAAAACAGCUAGAGAACCAAAUUUGGGAAACACUGCUCUGUGCGCGCGCACACACACACCCCUGGCCUUCAUCUCCAGUAGCCAUUAGCCAUUUAUAGCUUUAUCCUCCAGGAGUUUGUCGAAUUCCCUUUUAAUGGUCACCACCACCACUUCUUGUAGGAGUGAAUUCCAUAGUUCAGUCUUGCACUUGGUGAAGAACUUCUUUUCUGGCUGCCUUGACUCUCCCACCCUUCAGCUUCCCUGAAUGAUGUUGGAUUCUGGUAAUCUAUGAGGGAGGGAAAAAUUAUAUUCUCUUUCUCCGUGCUGUGCAUUAUAUGAAACAUCUUGCGUCAUGGCCCCACCACAACCACUGUCCUUUCCCUGACAAGCUAAAAAACCCUGAGCAUUGUAACCUCUUCUCAUAGAGGAGUUGCUCCAGUUCACCAAUAAUUUGGCUUGUCCUUUUCUGCACCUUUAGAUUCAUCUGUACACUUGCAAAACACACAGUGUCCUCCUUUAACCUCCAAGGCCCACAACCUUAGUAUGUGAUGCCAGCCCCAUUCAUAUUUUAGCUCCAAACAGGUGACUCCACCUCCACCAACUCAAGGAAGGCCAUCUGCUCUGUUUGCACAUGACGUUAUCAUCGUGACAUAAUAUCCUCUUAUAGGAAUGCGGCUGAGAGAUAACACUGUGUAAUUUGCGUUAUUGGUGCAGUUUGGGUAAGUCCAGUGUCAGUAUUUGCUCUGGGUUGUUUAAAAACUAAAGAGCAGUUACGUUGGGGCAAAACAACAGAGAGGAGAUUAAGAAUUCCCCCAUAUGGGUUUUCUCAGUUCAGGGUCCCUUCCAACUCUUCAAUUCUAUGACUCUGAGGUUACCCACUCAUGCGACCAACAGGCAUAUAGAUUGGGACCACAAAAGACAACUUCACAAUAGGGAAUGAAAAUGCAGCUAGGAGGUCUUUGGGGUAUUGAUACCAUGGUAAUUACUUUACCCCUGCAGUGCAGGAAUCUCAGCUACAGCAUCCAUGACAGAUGGCCUCCCAACCUCUGCUUAUAAACCUCCAAUUCACCACCUUCCAAGGGAAUCACUUCCACUGUCGGAACAGUCCUCACUGUGAGAAAUUUAAUCCUGAUGUUUAGUUGGAAUUUCCUUUCUAGUAACUUAAAUCCAUUGGUUCAGGUCCUUAACAUGUUAUCAUUAUUAAUGUACUUGAAUGCAUUGCAGCUAAAAAAACCCCCACAGAUGUAUUGCUCUGCUUUCUGUUUUCCUUUGUACAACUUUUAUUUAUUUUAACAUAUUCUUAUUCUACCUCCCCUACAGCUCAAAGCUGCUUGCAGACACUGGCUACUGAUGCCUUUGUACUUUUGGUUUUUCAGAUCUGUUCAUCUUGAUUUCUUACAUAUUUUUAGCUGGAACAUCAGUUACAGUCCCAGAGCUCAGAGCAGCUGGAAAUGCGGGUGCAAAAUGAGAGGCUGAAAAUCUUGAACGACAAUCUCCUGGACCAACUGGAGAGAAGCAAAUGGGAGCUGGAGGUAGCCCGAGGUCACCUGCAACAGCUGCAGAAAGAAGCCCAGCUAGAGCAGGAACAGAAAAACAGGUGUGUUGGGGUGGGGCUGUAGAACAUGCAAUGAAAAGUGCCAGUUGCUUUUGCUGUGUAAUGCUGGUUUACGCUUAUUAGUUAAUCAGUGGGACUACAGAAUGUAGAAAUGAAUAGCAAUAAUAUGUGGCUACUGCAAACUGCAGUACUGGCACUAUUUUCAGGUGCCACAUAAUACCUGGUCUGCAUUUGUAAAAAAUUGAUCUUUUGGUGUGGCAUCACCUACAUUUUUGAACUCUCUGACUAUUGACAUCAGGCAGGUCUCUUCACUGUACUCUUUUCAGUGCCUGCUAAAAGUGUUUUUGUUUAGGCAAGCCUUACCCAGAUAUGUAGACAACCACCUUGAGGUUGUUGUUGUUGUUGUUGUUUUACAAUCAAGUGUUGCAUUAUUUUUAUGAAAUAAAAUUAAAGGGGGUCUGUUAGUAUGAACACUUUCUAGCUUCCAGGACUGAGUUAAAGGAUUAGAACAUGCAUGAUGUUUUUAUUCUCUUCCACAAAUCUACUUCCUAUGUGGCCUUGAGAUAGUAACAUGAUUUCUUUUCUCUCUGUCAGGGGUAGCUAACGUUGUGCCAUUUAGAUGUUCUUGGACUCCAGUUCCCAUCAGCCCCAGUCAGCAUGGACAAUGAACAGGGAUGAUGGGAGAUGGAGUCCAACGAUAUCUGGAAGGUAGCGCAUUGGCUAUCCCUGCUCUGUAUAAACUAGAGAUAAAAAUCAUUUUCCUGGUUACGUUUCCUAGAAGAUGGAUAGAAAUGACUUGGAAAGUAAGCCCCACAGCAAUUCACCAUAAAAGGUCAAUCCAAAUCUUGUAUUGUCAAAACCAUAGCUCCUACUAGUCUGAGAACAAACAAUGUGGCAAACAAUAACACUGAUCUCCACAGCAAUCAGUCAGAUUACUGUUCAAAAUGUAUGAUGUCACUGCAAAUUGGGCAACCUUUUGCUUUAUUGAAGAGUAAAUCUACUUUCUAAUACUGAAUUGGUCAAAACAUGACUUCAGUUAUAAACCGGGAUAAGAAUUUGGACGUAAUAUCUGCAGAACAAUAGGAUCCCAGUAGGUAGAUCUUCUGCCACCUUUUCUCUGCAGAUAGAAAGUCCCAAAUGGUACAGGGUUGUUGUUUUUAGUAUUAAUAAAAAAAAUCUAGAGCUAAUGUCUGCAUUUUAACUUAAAUAUGCAGUGUGCACAGUCUGCAUACAGUUCAAAAUACAGUGGUACCUCGGGUUAAGUACUUAAUUUGUUCUGGAGGUCCUGAAACUGUUCUUAACCUGAAGCACCACUUUAGCUAAUGGGGCCUCCUGCUGCCACACCGCCGCGGUGCAAUUUCUGUUCUCAUCCUGAAGCAAAGUUCUUAACCUGAGGUAAUAUUUCUGGGUUAGUGGAGUCUGUAACCUGAAGCAUAUGUAACCUGAAACGUAUGUAACCCGAGGUACCACUGUAAUAAUAAAAAUAAUGUCAACAUAGACUACUGGCUCAUUUUUAACAGGGAAGGCUACUUUGGGAGGUGGAGUGAUUGGGGAGCAUAGCAGUGUGGUGGGUGCAAAAAGGGUGCAUGUAAAUUUGGUCCUCAGCUGCAAUUUCUCUUGGAAAUCAAGAGAAUGAUAUUUUGCAUCAACAAGUCAUGGAGAGCAAGAAUGGGAGUCAGCUCCUAACCCAGUGUUAAUUUAAUUAGUCCACCCUCUGCCCUCGAUUGCUGCCAGCAGCUUUGGCAUUUGGGUCAUAUUAUCAAUGUUUGCACAGGACAAAACUUGUAACCCUUAAAACAUUAACCCCCCCUUCCCCUUUUAAAUGUAGGGAUGUAUUCAGAGUCUCUAAGAAUAUGCAGAAAGAAAAGAAAAGCCUCCUGCGACAACUGGAACUACUCAGGUAAAGGUGGGGGCAUCUUGACAUCUGCUCUUCACCAUCUGCCUUGAGGGCUUGUUCACGUGUAUAGGGAGGUAUAGAAUAAAAAAGCUCCUUGGUGUUAUGUCAGCUAUUCAAACAAAACCAGCGGAAUUGGCCAAACCCACAGGGCUGCCACUUGACUUAAGCAGCAAGCUGUACAGGGGCCAGUGCUUUGGGUGAUUCAGGUCCCAUGUGGCAAUAGAUGGUGCUAAAGUAAUGUCUGAGAGCAGCACCAAAGCAAUUUCUGCAGUGAAGAUUUAGGCCACAGGAAGCUUCUGUGAAACCUGAAUGGGGAUUUGUGGUUGCGAAAAGGAGUGGUCUCUUCCCCUUUCUCACUUCUCUUUGAGGACUGUUAGUUCCCUACCACAGUAUGUGUAGAGCAACUGCCACCGCUUACCUCUGUGUGUCUUUCUUUCCUUUGGAGCAGGGAGAUGAACAAGAAGCUGCGAGACGAGAGAGAUGCCUUUGAAGCCAAGAAGCUGGUUAGUCUGAGAAAGAAAAUUCUAAUCCCCCGUCGCCUCCCCUUUGCAGCUUGCUGUUGUUGCCAUCACUUGGGGUCAUUUCAUUUACACGGGGGGCAUUGA